UACUGUAUUUUAAUUUUUUGUGUAUCUUCUCUUUUUUUCAGGCAAUUUGGGGAAAAAUAGCUGUUUAAAACCCAGCUGCUUAAACAUUAGAAGCAGUAGUUCCUUUAAUAAUAAUAAUAAUAAUAAUAACAACAACAACAACAACAACUUUAUUUUUGUAUCCCGCCACCAUCCCUCCGAAGGGACUCUGGGCGGCUCACAUGGGGACGAGGCCAACAUAUAGCAUAGAUUUAAAAUACAGUACAUGAAUUAAAAUAGUAUUAACAAAAUAAAUAUACAACAGCAUAAAAUUUAUUUUAUUUUUUAUUUAUUACAAUACUUAUAUCCCGCCCUUCUCACCCAUAGGGGACUCAGGGCGGCAUAAAAUACAGUAAUUACUUUAAAACCUGGUCUCAAGUACAGCAUAUGUGGAGGGUGACUAGUGCAGGGCUCUAAGUAGGGUUCGUGGGAAGACUUUAGACUUUCUCUUUUUACAGCAUUCAGCUCUUAAAGCCUCCUUCGCUCUGAGAUAUUUUACUCCUUUCCUUAGGACCAUGGCAUCCGUUGAUGAAGAUGAAUGUAUUAUUUUGAGUAGCAAUGACAAAGCUGAGGAUCUGUUGGAUUAUUUCGUUUUCUUGGUUAAACAUUCAGAAGAUUUACCCUUGGAGGAAGGCACAGUUGAAGUUGUGGAUGAAGAUGUGAUGGUCACUUUCUGCAAGAAACCAAAGCUGAUGGCUCACGCGAGACAUGACUGCACGAGCAACUUCUUCGAGCGUGCGGAGUGUGAGACAUCCCGUCCCCUCGGGAGAAACGCGGAAACCUGUGACGAAUGCUACUGCUACAUUUGCAACAAGCAAGCCACGGAGUGCAAAUAUUGGGUGACCCCUUCGCAGUGCCACUGCAACGCUCACAAUAAAAGUGCAUACUGGAAGCGUCAAUGGAACGUUGCCCUCACUGGAGGACUGGGCGGAUUCAACUUGAACCCCUCCAAAAUUGAUGCUGAUGUUCAACGCGCAGGAGCCCUCCUGCAGGAAUUCAACCGUGAGGUUUCAGUGAAAUAUGGUAAAUAUCUGGCUGGCGAGAUAAUCUCUCUGAAUUGCAGUCAUUGUAGUUGCCAGCAAAAUUUGGACCCUGGACUGUGUUAUACCUGCGACUGCCUCCAGCAACCCAUCACUUACAGAUACUCCCCAGUUUCUGAUCUCGUGGCGCACUUUCUGGAUCAGGCGGAGCAAGAGAAACCCAAAGUAGAAGUCGUGAUGCUUUUGGGAGCUGCCAAGGAGAUCUUGUACCAAGAAAGCCCUGCUCUGCAUUCCCAAAUUGUGGAUGUUUCAGCAAUAUUCAUCAAUUCAGUAACCAAUUUAAUGAAGAGAAUCACGGGACGACUUCAGAGGCUCCUGGUCCUGAAUGACUUCCCGAAACCUCUGUACCAGAAGUUUAUCAGUUUCUAUCGCUCCCUUCCUUUCCCAGACCACUCCUGUUACUUCCGCAGAAGUCUGGAUUUUAUGCCUUGGGACAACACCUUUCUGACUUCCAUCUUGAAAGGACAAAAUGUUGCCAGCCACGGAUUGAAGCGUAGGAAGAAGAAAAAGAAGAUAACCCUUUCUGAGAUAGUUCCUGUGGUGGAGGCACGGAUAGAGAGAAUGGAGAGCCAACAGCAAUACAAAGAGCUGAUCCGUUAUUUGAAAGUGGUGAAAUGCAACAAUUUCGAGUGGCUGCAACAGCAGAGAGACCAGAUCCCCUUCUACUUGUGCAAAAGUGGAAAUAUUGCCAACGGGGCCCGGGCCCUCUUCUCCUCCUCCAAAUCCUCCUGCACAGCUUGCCGCCUCACCCCGACCCAAUUUGAGAUCUUGCUGAAGGUCUUCCGCACCGGACAAUUUCCUUUGGGGAAAAUGGUGGAGACGGCCCAGUGGGUCUCUGUGGGAGCCCCUCUGAAGCCUAAAUUUCUGAUCAAGAAGAUUAUCAAGAUUCUCUACCACAACCUGUCCCUGUAUCGGAACCCCCAGUGCUGGAGCGCUGUGAUCAAGACCUUUAGCAGCUACUCCUUUUUGGGAGAUGACGGGUGCUUUGUCCCCCUUCUUGUGAAGGAACCGCCUUUGCAUUUCCAGCAGAUGGUUUUCAUGGAAUCUUGCCACAUCAUGGAUAUUCUCGCCCAACACAACUGUAACUUCAACCUCUCUAAAGCCUUCAGCCUAGAGACCCACAUGGAGGCAGGGCUCAUCUUCAUGGUCCAGGCGGUGCGGCAGAUGGUUUUGCGCGAACAUCAUUCUCUGACCUCCUUCCUGGACAUCGUCUUGGCUUUUAGGAAAAACCUCUGGGCCCUGCGGUUGCUUCUGCAGUCCCUGGAUUUCCACAAAGAGCCCGUCCGCACCAUCGUCGACCUGACUAUCACCGACCUCCAGAGCCGGAAAGCAGAAAUACUGGCCCUGUGCCAUCAGUUCAGCCCUUGGUACGUCUGCGACCUGCUCUCCCUCUUCCUCUCAUCCCAGAAUCGGGAUCUCCCCUCCGUCGGCAUCGUCAUCAUCAAUAUCAUCAAGGAGAACCUGCAGAAGUGUUCUUGGGCAAAAAACAUUGGCCACUUCCUUCAUGACACAAACUGGGUGUUUCCAGAUGUUUCCAGCUUCAUCGAGGCUUCAGAGGUUCUUCCAUAAAUCUGCCGCUUCUCCUCACUUUUGGCUACUUCAGUGAAGCCUGCCUUUGGACAACGGGCCCUUCCAAAUCCCGUAAAUCCAAGAUCACAGGGCAUUUUGUGGCUCUGGGUGACUCUUCUAGAAACUGUAGGCCUGAUUAUUGGGACUGGGUUUCCAACAGGAGUUAAAAGUUUAUAGUGAGUGGAAUUUGUUCCCGUGAGAGCAUUGUUGUUUCUGACGUUUAAGGAAUUCGGAGCAGGCCACGCCAAUACAGAAGGUUUUGUGUCUGGAUGCACUGUUAUUAUUUUGUAUCAUUGCACCAGUGGAGCUUUAUGGCACACGUCUUUCAGUGCCGUAAAGGUUUCCUCUCUUCCUCCAUAUCGUUCUUCUGGUUCUCUCAACGUUUUAAUAUGUGAAAAUAAGACCAAACUUGUCAUCGUUUAGAAGUUGCAACUUGUAGUCGCACCUGAAAGGGCUGAGAUUGUACAUUCACACGUAGCCCCAUAACUUAUAACUUAUUUGUUUACUUAUUUCUCCUUCCUCUCUCCUUCUCCUUCCCUUCUUCUCUCUCCUCUUCUUUUCCUCCUCUUUUUUUCUUAUUUUCCUCUUCCUUCUUCUCUUCCUUGUUCCACUUCUCCUCUUAUUCUCUUUCUCUUUCUUUUUCUCUUUCUCCUUCUCCCCUUCUUCCACAUUCCCCUUCUCCUCUUACUCUCCUUCUCUUCCUCCUUCUCUUCUUCUUUUCCUCUUCCUCCUCAUCUUCCUCCUUUUUUCCUCCUCCUCCUCUCCUCUUCCUCCUUGUCCCCUUCUUAUUUUUCUCUUCUUCCUUCUUUUCCUCUUCCUGCUUCUCUUAUUCCUCCUUUUCCUCUUUCUUCUUCUUCUCCUCCUUCUCCCCUAGGGCUAUUUGUGCUCUUUCAUUUUGUGCACGGCUUGUUUUGACAAACUUGGAAAAACGUUUCCUGUAUAUGUAGAGAUAAUAUAUAUUAGUUUAUUGCACCUUUUGAAUUCUUCUGAAAAAAUUGGGGACGCGAAGCAGACAAAUGCAUUUGGCGGAGAGUGUUUAAAAAGAUGUGAACAUUUCUAUAUUUUUGCCAAGAAGCAUUUAUAUAUUAAUUUUGUAGUAAUAAUUAGCACAGAAAUCAGUUGAAGUUACAGCAAUUAAAUAUUGAGUUACUACUCUGGUUAACAGGGGAUUUCUGCAGAAUUGAGGCUUAAUCCUUGAAUUUCAGGUUGUAGCUGUUUCGUUUACAAUGUUUGUUCACCCUUCCUUCCUUCCUUCCUUCCUUCCUUCCUUCCUUCCUUCCUUCCUUCCUUCCUUCCUUCCUUCCUUCCUUCCUUCCUUCCUUCCCUUUUCUAUUUGAAAAAUAUUUUGGGAAAGCAGACUUACUUUAUUUGUUUGUUCUGAUUUUUUUCAAUAUCCGGAAGGCAAAUUAAACCGACACAUUGGCAAAUGA